GUCACCAUGAUUCACGCAGUUCUCAGCUUCUGGAUCUUAUCUGCAGUGAUCUGCGUGGGCAGAGGUCAAACAAACCAAGACACUGGACCUGACAGCAGCACCAGCAGUUUGUCAUUAGUCACUGAAGCAAACAAAGAGUUUACCUUCCAUCUCUAUAAGAAGUUCGCUGCUCAGCCUGGGUCAGAGGGCAAGAACGUCGUCUUCUCAUCAGCAAGUGUGUCCAUGGCCCUGGCUGCUUUGUCUACAGGAGCACGAGGAGAGACCCACCAUCAGAUCUUCAGUGGUCUGGGCUACAAUGACUCUGUGCUGACACAGGCAGAUGUAGAUCAGAGCUUUCACAGCCUCCUUGUUAAAGAAAAUAAGACAUCUCAUGAAGACAUCAGUGAAGGAACUGCUGUGUUUGUUGAUGACCACUUUAUGGUACGGCCACAGUUUGUGGGGGAUCUGAAGAAGUUUUACUUGGCAGAUGUGUUCACUGUUGACUUCAGCAAAACAAUGGACAGUGCCAACACAAUCAACAAGUAUGUAGCAAACAAGACCAACGGGAAGAUAGACAAUCUGGUUGAAGACCUGGAUCCAUUAACAGUCAUGUAUCUCCUCAGCUACAUUUAUUACAAAGGAAAGUGGGCAACUCAGUUUAAUGCCAUGCUCACAAAGGAGGAUGAGUUCCAUGUUGAUGCAAACACCAAGGUUGAAGUUCAGAUGAUGAAUAUGCAGAACAUGUUUGACAUCUAUAUUGAUGGACAAACUCAAACAUCAGUCCUACGCCUUCCUUUCAGCAACUCCUAUUCCAUGUUGCUGUUAUUGCCUGGUGAUAUGGAAGCACUGGAGAAUAUCAUUUCCCCAAAUAUCAUCACUGCUUGGCUAAAACAACUGAAGUCCAGAUUGUACCAAGUUUACAUUCCUAAAUUCACCGUCAAGACUCGCUAUGACCUGAAAGAUGUGUUAACUGCGAUGGGAAUGACAAACAUGUUUGGUGAUCAAGCAGAUUUGAGUGGCAUUCCUGAAAGUGGCCAAUUUCAGCAAAAAGGACAGCUAGUUGUUUCAAAGGUUGUGCAUCAAGCUGCUCUGGAUGUUGAUGAGGCUGGAGCCACUGCUGCAGCUGCUACAGGCAUUGAGAUAACAGAACGUGCUAUGCCUAUUGACAAUUAUGUCCCCACUUUGAGAUUUGAUCGUCCAUUCAUGGUCUUCAUCUUGGAAGAUUCUGCAGAUGAUACAGGAAGCAUUCUGUUUAUGGGCAAGAUUGCAAAACCAACCAGUUACAGGAGGAAACACUCAAACAUUCAUUAAAUCCUGAAUGCACUGUU